UGUGGGUUCACCCGGUAGCAGUGGAACAAAAGCGAGCUGCAAGAGAAGUCCAGUGACACGCGGGCUACCGUUUUAACACCGGAUUUACCAUCAAAUAGCCAUGUCCGACUCAGAAAAAUCAGCUGAGAAAGAACCCGCUGCCGUGGAGAAGAAACUCAUAGCGGAAAAAGUGACUGGUACGGUCAAAUGGUUCAACGUCAAGAGCGGAUAUGGCUUUAUCAACCGGGAUGACACCAAGGAAGAUGUGUUCGUACAUCAAACGGCCAUCACUAAGAACAAUCCCCGGAAAUACCUAAGGAGCGUGGGAGAUGGUGAGAAGGUCGAAUUCGACGUAGUGGAAGGGGAGAAGGGCAACGAGGCGGCAAACGUCACUGGACCUGAAGGGAAUGCUGUGCAAGGAAGCAAGUAUGCGCCAGAGGGUCGUCGUUUCCGUGGCGGUGGAUGGGGUCGCCGGGGCGGCUUCCGUCGUGGCGGCAAGCGGAAGGAGGAAGGCCAGGGCGAUGGUGAAGAGGGAGAGGAGGGCGAAGAAAGCGAGGAGGGCGAUGAAAAGAAGCAGAAAGGAGGCCGACCAAGGGGAAGACGUCCUUACUAUGGUUACGGUGGAUACUACCCAAGACCUUACUUCUACCGUGGACGUGGUGGCGGCCAGAGGGGCAAGCCUGUGAAGGAAGGAGAGGAGAAUGGUGAGAGCAAUGGAGAGGAGCGUCAAGUUCGCCAGGGAGGUCGAGGUCGCCCACCAUAUGGCUGGUACCCCCGUUAUUACAACGCACCAAGGCACUACGGCCCACCUGGCCCGUUCGGAUUCCCACGACGAGGGCGUGGUGGAUUCCGUGGACGUGGAAGGGGUGGUCGUGGUCGUGGUGGACGGGGACGGGGACGUGGAAACUACAACAACACCGAGAAGGGAGAAGGAGAGAAGUCUGAAUCCACUGGAGAAGAGGGAGGACAAACCGGAGAAAACGCUGAAGAAGGCCAGACCAGCGUUUAGGAAGCGUCAACGAACAGAAGAUAGAACAUCUGAUGACAAUGGACAUGCCUUGGUUACCUGCUUGCAUGCCUCCUUGGGGUAUCCAGAGAACUUUGAUAAAUACCAUGAUCAAAUUGUGUUUGAAGCACUAACCGAGUUGCGUUAGACCUCGAAUGCAUUGUGGCAGACCGUCAGCUGUCAGCCUUUAUGUCAGGAAUGAAUUGAUAGUGGAAUUUAUCAACGAUUUUUGGAGUACCCUGUAUAUUUAAUUGUGAACACACUUCAUCUUCUCUGUCGUGUGUCAUGAGAACCUUUGUAAAUGAAUUGCUAAGAUUGAUCUUGGACACCAACUACGGUCGGUCUACUGCUCCAAUUUGUUCACAACCGUUCCAGGAUACACCAGUAUUCAAAAAAUCAUUCAAACCAGGCGAUUGCGUUCCACCCCCUUGAGAAAAUAAUCUAAAACCCCUAUUUAUCUAAUGUCUUUGUGAUGCAUUUGGAAGUGAUUGCAUUGGAACUAAAAGUACAGCCAGCAGUGGCUACCAACAAACUGAAAUUAUUGCCAGUAAUGGUGAACAAAAACUAAAUUAUGGCAGCAUGAAAUUUUGAUAAGUUUUAAACGACAUUGUGCUAUUAAUUUAUGAAGAAUAAACAAGUGUACCAUGCACCUCGGCAGUGAGCUGCACUGGCACAGCUGCACCGUACCCGUUAAAUGACCUCUGCGACGCCAUCUCGUGGUCGAACGACUAACCAAUACUGCCUGAAAUGAUGAGGUGUGUGAUUGAAUCCGAUAGUAUCAAAUGUUUGUUUUCCUACCUAGCGUCUUUUUGAGCCUUUUGACUUGUUUUCUAUACACUGUUUUUGUUUUUACGACAACUUUGUACCAGCAGCUUUGGUAAGGCAUGGAUGCAGUGCAUUUGAGAAAUAAAAAGAGAGCACAUGGAUGGAAUCCAUA